AUUUCCCAGCCACAAACCUUGAACAGAAAGCACGUGUGAGAGGCUUCUGUUUCAGUGCAAACUUGUACCAGCAGCAGGGGGAUGCCUGUGGACAGAAGCCCUGGAUAAUAGAUAUGGACAGGGCCUCGUUUCUGACCAGAAGUACUUUCUAUGCAUCAGAUGCGCCUUUCACCUAUGGGAAAGUUGGGGACGACUUUCCAGCCAUCUCAGGUCUUCAUCAGCACCAGGCCACUUUUAGCACUGCAGAGCCAUGCAGUUUUAGUGAGCGUGGGCAGGCCUUCAAUGGUGGAAAAAGUGGUCUCCAGUUAGGUGAAUGUGAAAAAGCUGCGAGCCACAACCAGAAACUUGUUGAACGUCAAAAUGUUUGUUCUAGAGAAGGAGUUUAUGAGUGUACCAAAUGUGAAAAACCCUUUAGAGUAAUCUUUGACCCUUUUCAACGUAGAAUAAUUCACACUGAAGAAAUGUCUUAUGAGUUUAGUGGUUAUGGGAAGUCCUUCAGUGAAAACUCUGGCCUUAUUGAACACCAGAGAGGUCACACUGGAGGCAAACCAUAUGAGUGCAGCAUUUGUGGGAAACGCUUCAGAGAACACCCAAAUCUUAUUCAACACUUCCGAAUUCAUUCUGGAAAAAAUCCUUUUGAGUGUGGUGAAUGUGGGAAAUCUUUUAGCUGGAAGUCUCACUUCCUUAUUCACCAGAGAGUUCACACUGGGGAAAAGCCAUUUGAGUGUAGUGAUUGUGGGAAUUCCUUUAGCCGUAGAUCUACCCUCUUGAAACACCAAAGAGUUCACACUGGAGAAAAGCCACAUGAGUGUAGUGAUUGUGGGAAAUGCUUUAGCUACAAAUAUCUCCUCAUUAAACACCAGAGAGUUCAUACUGCAGAAAAGCUAUAUGAAUGUAGUAAGUGUAGGAAAUCGUUCAGACAACGUUCCCACCUUAUUCAACACAGUCGAUUUCAUUCUGAAGAAAAGCUUCAGGAAUGGGGUGAUUCUGGGCAAUCCUUUAGCAAUACCUCCAACUUCCUUCAAUUCCAGAGUAAAGAAAGACCUUAUGGGUGUAUUGAAUGUAGGAAAUCUUUUUGCUACAAAUCUGACUUCCUUAGACACCAGAGAGUUCACACUGGAGAAAAGCCUUAUGAGUGUAGUGAUUGUGGGAAGUCCUUUAGAGAAAGCUCUAACCUCAUUCAACACCGGAGAGUUCACACUGGAGAAAAGCCAUACCAGUGUCGUGAUUGUGGAAAGUCCUUCAGUCAAAGCUCUAACCUCACUCAACACCAGAGAGUUCACACUGGAGAAAAGCCUUAUGAGUGUAGUGAUUGUGGGAAGUUCUUCAGGCACCACUCUGCUUUCACUCAACACCAGAGCGUUCACACUGGAGAGAAGCCGAAUAAGUGCAUUGUUUGUGGGAAGUGUUUUGGGUACAAAUCUAACCUCAUUUUUCACCAGAGAAUUCAUACUGGAAAAAAACCAUAGGAAUGCAUUGCAUGUGGGAAAUUCUUUAGAGAACACUACCUUAUUAAACACCACCGAGUUUAUCCUGGUGAAAAGCGGUAUGGAUGUGGGGUGUGGCGAACGGAAAAAUGGUUUAACCAGAGGUCAGGCUGUUUUCAACAUCAUAGUGUUCAUACUCUAGAAAGACCAUAUGAAUGUAGUGAAAGUGGGAAAUAUUUUAGCUGCAAAUCCCACCUCAUUAGACCCCAGAGAGUUCACAGUGGAAAAAAUCCUGAAAUGUAAGAAUCUUUUAUGUCGUCAGUGUAGUUACACUGGAGGAGACUUUGAGAAAUAUUUACCUGAAUUUAAAGCUAUUUAGCAGAACGUGCACUCUGCUAGGUUUCUCAACAAUUUCAGGUGCAAGAGCAUCUUUAAAGAGCUGCACUUCACUUUCUAUGCCACCCAGGUCUGUUCCCAGAUUGAUGUUAGUUUUGUGGCUGAAGCCAUUUCACCUCUACUUCCUGACUCCCUGAACAUUGUACGUCAUUCAACUUCAUUAUGCUUGGGGAAACUGACUUCUGUUCUUUUGUUUGAGGAAAUUAUGAAUAGUCUGAGCUUUUGGUGGGAUAUUCAUUCCUUUCUGUUUGACCACAGAAUGGACCUGACACAGUGUUAGUCCAGAGCACUUGUCCUCAGCUAAGACUACCUCCUUGAACCAGCUAAGCUGCUGCACCAGGGCUGUUUGUAUGGGUUGUAUUAGAUGUGAGUUUUCAGUCUGUUGACCU